AUGCAUGGCGAGCUCCGAGCAGUGGUUGGAACCCUAUUGAACUCUGCCCGCCAAGCCCUUCAAGCACAGGCAUUUCACCCAACCGACACGAGCACAUUGAAGUGUCUUACCUUCGUUGCACGCCACGAUGCUGUCCGUUGUCCCUCAAAACCCGAGAAGGUUGAAGAGAUCAAAGUCAAACUCGCGGCUUGGAUGUCAACGUAUACCAGAGUACCAUGGGACCCUAAAGACGAAAUUGCUUACAUUCUGACAAACAUACAUUACUUUUACCUGUGGCUUGCGGCAAACUCUUUCCAGAGCCGCUAUCAGAAAGAAUUCGACCCCUUAAUCUCACAGUUUGAGCACAUCAUCAGCCUUGCUGAACGAUUCGUGUUCCUCGACCGAGUCUGCUCAAAGACACGGGGCCGAGGACCUUCUACCUCCGGGUCAGCAAGACCGGCAAGCACUACCGGCACACAUGUGACCGUCACUGUGUGCGAAAUCGGAGUGCGAUGUCGCGACUCUGCUGUACGAAGACGGUGUAUGGACAUCUUACGGGCUCUGAACCUCGAAGGCGUCUGUGAUGGCCAUUUCCUCGCUUCAUGGAUUCAGUGCAUCAUGGAAAUCGAAGAAACUGGCGCCAGGCUCAAGAAUGAUGUGCUAUCUAAAUCAUUCGAUCUGACUUGCGAAGACAUCCCAGAGGAAGCAAGAGUGCUGGAUACCAUCAUCCCGCAGGAAUGGGACAACGGUGUCAAUAUUCACAAUUUCUACAAGAUGGCGCAAAGCAAGAUUUUGGUCGCAAAAUACAAAGAUGACCCCGAUGGUGACAUUGUCAUUGAGGAAACGGCUUUCAUCGUUGACCGCACGCCGACCAUGGGCAAGUUGAAGUCCGUGGCAUGGAGGUCGGAUGUCAAGACUCGUCGCUACGUUCAUCCUCGAUCGAAAACGCACGAGACCGGUCAUGAUGCUACAGAUUUGCUUAGCGAAGUUCCACGGCAUGUUUCGACGUCAGAAGACGUUGCUUGCUCGCUUGAUUGA